GUAUUAAAUCUCCAUCAUUAAUGCAUGCAAGGUACAGUGUGAAUGUCAUCUAUUGCAUUGGAGAAACUUGCAUGAAUGGCUGGACAGUAAGGGUUCGUCUCUUUUCAAAAAAAAAUCAUUUAAAUCUUUUCAUUUUUUUAAUUACCAUAACUUGCCAAACGAAUUUGAAACAAUUUUAAAAUAACAAAUGUUUUUAAUGAAAUUGUUUCAAAUUCUCACAGCAUAAUAUGUUUUAGCAUUUAAAUCGUUUCAAAAUCAUGGAAACCUGAAGAGAUCAGACUGGACUGGACCUGACCUGACCACCAAGAGUGAGUUUAGGAACCAUCAAACUUUAAAUUUUUUCUUGUGUACGAUGAGUCUCUAGAGCUUCAUUUUAAUAUUGAUAUAAUGGAAAUUAUAGUGAUGUUUUUCGCAGUUUGCAUUUUGAUAUCCCAAAUAGCUCUGGGGAUGAGAAUGUUACACAAAAAUCUACUUCUGUUCAUAUAUUCACACAAAUCCCAAGAAUCAAAUGAGAUAUCCACACAAAUGGCUAGGCUUACGUUCUGAAACAAAACAAGGAUUACAACUACAAGGGAUGUUGCAAACACCAGGAGAAGAACUCUACAUUAAUAUUCAAAAUCCCAACAAAGAACACAACCUUUAUCCAACUAAUACAUAUGCUCCUCCAUCUCAUGUGCCAGGGCGAAGGAAUGUAGGACAUAGUCAUGGUUUAAACGACCCUCCUCAACCUUAUCAACCACCAUCAAUGGAUUACAGUGCUUAUGACAUUGUAAAGGCUUCUCAAUAUGGAUAUUUUGAACGUGUAAGACAACUUAUUGAAUAUGAAGGUGUUGAUGUUAGGCAGCCAGAUACAGAAAAUGUUACUGUUUUGCAUUGGGCUGCUAUUAACAACCGACUAGAAAUUGUGCGAUAUUUCAUUUCAAAAGGCGCUAUCAUUGACCAACCAGGUGGAAAUUUAAAUGCUACAGCAUUGCAUUGGACUAUUAGACAAGGUCAUCUUGAUAUGUGCAUUCUACUGUUAAAGCAUGGCGCCGAUCCAUCUAUUGAGGAUUCUGAAGGUUGUUCUGGUUUGCACUUGGCAGCACAGUUUGGCCAUACACCUCUUGUGGCUUAUCUUAUUUCAAAAGGGACGGAUGUAGACAUUAUUGAUAGAAAUGGUAUGACUCCACUGAUGUGGGCUACGUAUAGAAGUUUUGGAACUGAUCCAGCCCGACUGAUUUUAAACUUUGGUGCAUCUGUGAAUUUCUGUGAUGCUAUUCACAAAAAUACAGCUUUACAUUGGGCGAUUUCUUCAAGCAAUACUAAUGUCAUCAAACAAUUGUUAAAGUCUGGUGCCAGUCUAGAUGCUGUGAAUGCGGAAGGGCAAACACCAGUCGAAUUAGCUCUAGAUCGAAGAAAUAAUUGGAUCGUCAACCAAUUACAGGAGGAACAGUUUCAAAGAGGUAUUGGCAAGCCUGGUUUUAUCAAAAAGAUAACUAGUGAUCCUACAACUAAGCGACAUGCUUUGAUGAUCACAGCAGGUGCACCACUGUUCAUUAUUGGUGCAAUAGUUGAAUACUCCCCAUGGUGGGUGCAUACGAUAUUCAUGUUGACCAUCUUAACUGCGGUUCUCCAAGGCACAGUUAGAUAUUUAUACGAUCCCAUGAAAAAUCCGAUGGCAUUAGGUUUAUAUAUCGCUACAAAAGCUUACAUGUUUACUACGUUAUUUAUUUAUUUUUGGCCAUUGGUGAACUACCCUAAUAUACAUAUACCGUUUUGGAUAAAUACGACUUGUUUAACGUACUGUUUUUAUAAAGCAUGGCUUUCUGAUCCAGGUUUUAUAAAAACGUCCCCUUCACAGCAAAAAAAGGAAAUAGUUGAUUUAGCAGAAGCAAAAUUAUUAAAUGAUUUUUCAAAAUUUUGUACGACCUGUUUGGUACGGCGUCCUAUACGUUCUAAACAUUGUCCAAUAUGCGAUCGUUGUGUAGCGCGCAUGGACCAUCAUUGUCCGUGGGUAGACAACUGUAUCGGUUGGAAGAAUCAUCAUUAUUUUGUUGGAUUUUUAUUCUUUUUAUUUUUUAUGAAUAUUUGGUACAUGUGGGCAACAAUAUUAUAUUAUAACACGCACUGUGGACCCUUCGGGGAAGGAAUAUUACUUGCCUUACUGAAAGCUUUUUCGUGUGCUCCGUGGGUGUCUUGGGGUUUCUGUAUGGCUAGCUUUCACACCUUGUGGGUCUGUGCUUUGCUGGUCUGUAAUAUAUAUCAGAUGUUGUGGCUAGGUAUGACCACGAAUGAACGGAUGAACGCACCAAGAUAUAAACAUUUUCACGAUAAGAAGACAGGGCAUAUAUCAAGUCCGUUUUCAAAUGGUGUCAUACAGAAUACAGCCGACUUCUUUAAUUUCUCGUAUUUUGGAUUAGUGAGACCUCGUAAAAUAAAUUGGAUGAAAGAAUAUGAAUUAAGGGAAUUUCGAGGCCCACAAGAUAACUGGAGAAGGUUCGAUUAUAUAUGAGAAUGUACCAAUUUGAACUUGCUGCAACAUGACUUUACAGAAAUUUAGGAAAGUUUAAGAAAAUCUUAAAUUAUCAUAGGCAGGAGGAAUUAAUCGCAAUAAUUUUUUUUUUGUGGUUCGAGUAAAGCCUUACUACCUAUUUGUUAUUCUCCAAUUUGCACUAUAGCUCCCCCGCACAGUUUCGUUUGGUACCUUCUGAACCCUGCGUCAACUGUCAGAAUAAGCAAAGUCUGACAAAUUUCCGUAUCCAUUGUCUUAUGGAACUCUGGUAUAUUUUUUGCUGGAAUCUUUAAUCGCUCGUUAAUUUGAAAUAACAUGCAUGCUACUAGGCUGUCAAUUUUCUAUUUCUUAUUCUAUUUUCUACAAAUUAUCUGAGCUGACUGAAUUUUAAAUUUCAUUAAAUAGUGUAAAGUGGGCGCGAAAUAUUUUUCUACUUUUUAUUGUGCUAUUUAUGUAUUUGAAUUCGAGUCCAUUCCAGCUCAUGCGCAGGUUAACUUGUAUAAAACACAAACCAGGAUCUAGUUUAUUUAGGUAACUGUUGUAACAUGUUGUAAAUACGGUCACGAUAUAGCUACGUUUAAUAAUGAUUUCAUAUUAAAACAAUACUAAACCUUUUACCUAGCAA